GGCCACCAUGAUACCACCAGGCCUCCUCUGCACUGGACUCCUCCCAUGAUGGCCUAUGCCACCACAGGCCCAAGUGUGUCUGGGAUGGGAAGCAAGCAAGGAAACGUGGAGCAGCAAGGGACAGAUGGCGCGUCCAUUCAUCUCCUUCCUGUUUUCAGCAAGAAAACCCCACUCUGCUUGUGAGGCUGUCUUUACGCCAAUGCUGCAAAACAGAGAUCCCUGCAAUUCUCAUUCUGAACUUUGUGAAACCCAUAAAACUACCGUCAAGAUGUCCGCUGGACUCAGCAGGCUGAGCCAGGCCACCUUGCUGAAGGCUACUCCUCCUUCUAAUUAUGAAGCUCCAUCUACAGAACUCACAAAAGCCAGUGAGGCAGAAAGCAGAAGACGGUGGAUUCCACUUGCUGGAUUUACAGCUCAGACUCCUGGGGUAAACCAGUCGGAACAGACUCCAUCCGCCAGGGCAUUAGCAUGUAAACAGUGUCACCUCCAGGAAGACGCAGGGCUCCUAGAGGCCGCGCUAAUGGAAAGUGAUAUUGAGUUUGCUAAUUCAGAUAACGGUGCGCACACUGCCUUUUCUCCAAAGCACGGAGACUGUCAGAGAAACAAAUGCGUGGUCCAUGUUGCAAUUAAUUUGAUUCUUGUUCUUUUAAGGCUGUACUUGUAGAUUUAAUUAAAGCUUUCACAUACUGGGCACAUUCAGGAAGGAUGUGAAUUUAAUGGCUGCUUUUGAAUGAAAGCAGCAGUAGAAGCUAUGACUGAAACAGUAACAGGCAAUCAUAAGGCGAAGAUAUUUUUAAUAAGAAAGUA